AUGAUUCUGACUAAAGUCGCUUUGUCUUUGCUUGUGGCCAUGGCCCAAGCCUGGACCUUGGAUAGUAGAGAGCUUGUCCCCGAGGAUGAAAGCUCCCUGACAGAGCGCCGGCUGCCCAAAGCGAGUAAGGUCCGCGGUGUAAACCUCGGCUCCCAGUUCAUUAUCGAGGAGUGGUUUACGAAGGAUAGCUGGAAGAACAUGGGCUGCUACGGCUGGUACGACGAGUGGAAUUGCGUCAAGGCCCUUGGUCAGGCCAAGGCUGACGAGGUCUGGAAAAAUCACUGGAACACGUGGAUUACCGAGGCCGACAUCAAGCAGAUCAAGGAUAUUGGCCUCAAUACCGUGCGCAUUCCAGUCGGCUUCUGGAUGCGAGAGAGCCUUGUUUAUGCAAACGAGUAUUACCCCCGCGGCGGCCUCCCCUAUCUUGACCGUAUUGUCGGGUGGUGCAAGAAGUAUGGUGUCUAUGCCAUCAUUGAUCUCCACGGCGCCCCUGGAUCACAGUCGCCCAAUGAAGAGUUCACCGGCCAUGGCGUUAAUCCCCCACAGUUCUACACUUCUGCCAACUAUGAGCGAGCACUGAAGUUCCUCGAGUGGAUGGCCAACCGUAUCCAUACGAAUGGCAACUAUACCACUGUUGGUAUGCUGCAGGUUCUGAACGAACCUGUCAGAGGCGGAGACAAUGCCACCGAUAUGCGCAAGAAUUUCUAUCCAAAGGCAUACGAGCGUAUCCAGGCCGCCGAGGCUAAGCUCAACGUUGCCAAGGCAGACCGCCUCCACAUUCAGUUCAUGGGCACGAGUUGGGGAUCUGGCAAUCCAAGAGAGUUCCUGCCAAGCACGGAGAUGGCUUUCUUCGACGCCCACCGCUACCUAAGCUUUGACAACCGCAUCGAGGGUACAAAGAAAGCCUACAUCACGCAGGCCUGCAAGGACAACAUGGGCACCAACGUGACGGUGGGCGAGUGGUCGCUCUCGGUAAAUAGCACACUGAAGAACACGCCCGAAUUCAAAUACGAGGGUCAGGAGACCUGGUAUCGCGCUUACUGGGCGGCACAGGCCGAGUCGUUUGAGCGCUCCAACGGCUGGAUCUUCUGGACCUGGAAGUGCGAUGGUGUUGAGGACUGGCGUUGGUGCUACAAGAAGGCGGUUGAAGCGGGUGUCAUCCCCAAGGAUGCCGGCACAGCCGCGGCCCUUAGCCCGUGCUCUAGAUAUACCUAG